CGGAAACUUCGAUACUAAUUGAUUGUUGACAGUUUCACAUCAUGCAGAACGCGCCGCCGCAUCGGUACACGGCAGCGGCGAUUGCCGAGCUGUACACGGAUGUGUCCAAGCACUUGCAGCAUCUCAACGCACACUCAAAUGUUUCCGUGCGCGCGGUCACACUGCCGUCAGACCAAGAGAUCGCGUCGCUCGUUCAGUCUCGUGCAACGUUCCUUCCAGAGAAGUACCCCGUCUCCGCAUUGUGUGACCCAACAAACGGCAACAACCUACGGGCACGCGACGACGUGCCUCGACCUGGCGGUGGCAAACGUGCAAGUGCAGCGUAUGUGUUGGUGGCGGGGAAGCAGCGCACCGUUCCAGCUGCGGACCUUCCCACGAUCAAGGGAUUUCUCCGAAAGCACAGCAUCGAGAUGGCCAACACGAGGCUUGGGCUUCAGGCGACUGUCAAGAAAGACGGGCGUAGUCAGAGUGUCGUGACGCGGAAGCGGCGGCAAGCGAUGAUUGCGACGGCCACCGAAGCCGAGACGCGAAAAAAGGUGGUGGGGAAGCAAGCGCUGAUCUCGGAGCUCAUGCGGUCGACCAAGUUCAACAUGCACGACAUCUUUCAGAUGAGCUGCCAGUUCAAAGAGCUCGCGCGGGAGAACGGCACGAUUUCGUGCGAUGACUUUGCCACGAUCAUCGGGAGCCAUCUCGGAAAGCUCGUCGGGAGCGUGAGCCACACGUCGGCCAUCGACGAAGCGACGAUUCACGGCAACGGCGUGUCGUCGAUCGGCGAGACGAUCUCCAUGUCGAAUGCACUCGUCAAGCGCCUCUACGGCGUCUUUGACCAGGAUCUCAACGGCGCCAUCGAUUUCCGAGAGUUUAUCCUCGGCAUGAACAGCCUCGUGCAAGGAACGCUCGAGCAAAAGCUGGACGCGCUCUUCAAGAUGUACGACAAGGACGGAAGCGGCACGAUCUCGAUCUCGGAAUUGGUGCUCAUCCUCAAUGGCGGCCAAGAAAAGAUGUCCCAACUGGCCAUUUACAUCGACGACUACUUUGCACACGUCGACACGAACGGCGACGCCGUGAUUACGGAAGACGAGUUUGUGCAAGCGGCGUCCGUCGAGCCCCUCGUGCUGGAAGCGCUGAGCAAGCCGCUCACGUUCAACCGCCACACGAACUUUCAGUUGCGCCAGAGUCUGCGGUGUAUCACGGAGCGCCUCAAACUGGACUGGAGCGUGAUGCUGUCGAUCUUGGAAGACGUGAACGACGCAACGAGACUUGACCGCGACGCGGCUGCGCAUGAUCGAGCAUGGCUUGUCAAGACUAACCAAGCCGACCCGGCGCCAUACGAAGCGGUGGCCGCCCCCCUCACGAGCGCCCAGUUCCACAAUAUCAUGUUCGAGUACCUCCACGAGCCGCAAGCCGAGGACGGCCACACGCUGCAGGACCUGUUCAAGGCGUACGUUCCGCAGCAAGCGCCAGCAGAUCCAAGUACGUCUGCGCUGUCGGUGGCAUGCCUGAAGCGUCGGCACUAGAAAAUCGAGGCAAGGCCAAUUGCCGCGACUUUAUUCGAGACUUGGCCGGCAUGUUGCGGUGCGUGCUCCGUGGCACUUGCCGUGGCGCUUGAUCGUGGCGACGUAGGAUGCUUGUCGUCGACACGACCCACGACGAAGCGUGUUCGCGAUUCUACUUUCGAUUCUUCGACUACGAUUGCGACGGCGAAAUCACGCGGGAGGAACUCAGCAGCGUCGUUUGCUCCAGGUAUUAGGAUGUCGUCUGCCGUGAUGCGGACCGUCGAUUCGUCGGGUUGACCUGGUUGUGGUGUAGCUUUGGCUCGAUGGGCCAUGAGCUGCUCGAGACGAUGAGGUUGCUGCAAGGCAUCGACACGAACGGCGACGGUGAACUCACCAAGGAAGAAUACUUGGAAGCCGCCAAGAAGAACCCGUUGCUCCUGGCCUCGAUUUACAUCUGCAUUUAACACAACCUCGACCUACCUUGGA